CGGCAGGCGCGCGGCGCGGCGGGAUGGUGGCGCGGGGGCUGCGCGCGCUACGUGGGGCGUUGCGGGCAAUUGCCGCCGCCGAGCGCCGGUUCAGCACGCGGCCGGCGCGUGCCCCCGCCAUGGACUACCAGGACACCAUCCGGACCCUCAACACCCUGCAGACCAACGCCAGCUACCUGGAGCAGGUGAAACGGGAACGUGGUGAUCCCCAAGCCCAGCUGGAAGCCAUGCGGGGCUUUUUGGAGAGGAGCGGGCUGAAGGUCGAGGACCUGGAUCGACUGAACAUCAUCCACGUCACAGGGACGAAGGGCAAGGGCUCGGUGUGUGCCUUCACCGAGUGCAUACUCCGCAGCUACGGGCUGAAGACUGGCUUUUACAGCUCCCCUCACCUGGUGCAGGUGCGUGAGCGAAUCCGCAUCAACGGGCAGCCCAUCAGCAAGGACCUCUUCAGCAAGUACUUCUGGCUCGUCUACAACCGCCUGGAGGAGACCAAGGACCCGGCGUGUGCCAGCAUGCCAGCAUACUUCCGCUUCCUCACCAUCAUGGCCUUCCAUGUCUUCCUGCAGGAGAAGGUGGACCUGGCGGUGGUGGAGGUUGGCAUUGGUGGCGCCUACGACUGCACUAACAUCAUCAGGGCGCCGGUGGUGUGUGGGGUCUCGUCCCUGGGCAUCGACCACACCAGCAUCCUGGGGGACACCAUGGAGAAGAUCGCCUGGCAGAAGGGGGGCAUUUUUAAGCCUGGCGUGCCGGCGUUCACCGUGGCGCAGCCGGAGGGGCCGCUGGAGGUGCUGAGGGACCGAGCCCAGGAGCGGGAGUGUCCCCUCUACCUCUGCCCGGAGCUGGACGCCUUCGAGGGGGACAAUCAGGCGCUGGAGCUGGGGCUGGCGGGCGCCCACCAACGCUCCAACGCCGCCCUGGCCUUGCAGCUGGCACGGACCUGGCUGCAGCUCCGCGGCUGCCGGGGUCUCGGGGAGCUGAAGGAGGUGCCAUCAGGCACCGAGCUGGUGGGGAGGCUGGUGCCGCUGGCGCCCACCUUUCGACCCACCGAUGCCAUGAUCCAAGGCCUGCGGGACACGGAGUGGCUGGGCCGGACCCAGGUGCUGCCCCGCGGCCCCGUGACGUGGUACCUGGACGGGGCUCACACCACCAGCAGCAUCCAGGCUUGCGUCCGCUGGUUCCGCCAGGCCGCCCUCAACCAGGACAAGCCCCACGACGGCUCCGAGGUGCGUGUGCUGCUGUUCAACGCCACGGGGGACCGGGACACGGCGGCACUGCUCAAGCUGCUGCUGCCCUGCCACUUUGACUACGCUGUCUUCUGCCCCAACUUCACGGAGGUGUCGAUGGCCAGCAACGCGGACCAGCAAAACUUCAACGUGACGCUGGAGACCGCCCUGACCCGCUGCCUGGAGAACCAGCAGAAGUGGACUCGGCUGCUGGAGGAGAAAGCGGGGCAGGACCCCUGGCUCUCGGCCCCCCUGCGGGCGGGGGGGCUGCUGCAGCCACCUCCUGCCCGAGGGACCUUGCUUCUGGUCCCCCCGGCCCCGCGACCCCUCAAUUCCCCAGCCCUCGUCUUCCCUUGCCUGGCCCAGGCGCUGCGGUGGGUGGCACAGGGCCGGGACCCCCACCUGGCAGCACCCGCUGCCACGGGGGCUCACCACCCCGCCGCCAGCAGCGGGGCCGUGCUGCUGCAGGAGGCGGCCGCCAUCCGUGUCCUGGUCACCGGCAGCCUGCACUUGGUGGGGGGGGUCCUCCGGCUGCUCGACCCUGCGCUCUCCCAGUAACGUGGGGGUGGACGGGGCUUUGCGCCUCUUUUUACUUGAAGGUACUUUUUACCGGUUUUUACUUUUUACCGGUUCUGCCCCCGAUGAUACUUGGAGAUGGGCUGGGAGGGGGGACGCGGGACCCCCAACCCCAUCCCGGCUCGGAUCUUUUCACCCCAGUGCCUUGUACCUGUGUCCCCGCUGGGGACACUGGCCAUGGGGGGGUAUGCUCCCAGCCCACCUUGGUGAAACCAACUAGGGGGGGCCCCAGGCUGUAGGGGGGCUGCCCCAGGCUGUGCCGGAGUCCCGGUGCCUGGGGGGAUGGACGGUUUUGGGGGGGCGGUAGGUGAGAGCCUCGAGCUGCAGCGAGGCUCGGCAUCAGGGCGCUACUAACUUAACGUAGAGAAGAUUUUUAUUAUUAAUAAGAGUUUGUAACUUGGAUGAGGAGCUGGGGGGGGGGUGGUUUCUGCCCAACGCCCUGUGGGGGAGCAGCAGCCCUGCACCCCCCCCUCCCCAAUAAACCUUGCUGCUCCCA